GAAACUCCGUCGCGCAGUGGCGGUGUACUCCAGUCCCUUUUCGCGCUGACACCAACAAAGUUUACCCCUCGACCCCACGUCUACACAGAAAGCGCAGGAGCCCGACUUUUUUUUACAGCUUUGGCUGCAGUAACCAGAAACAUGGAUUCAAAUCUGGUGGAAAUAGUUAAAGAAGAUAAGUGUCCUCCUACACUCGCGGACGAGUGUGCUGUUAACACAUCGCUGACUGGUGACACCGAGUCGCAGAACCUGACACUCAGCAGUGAAUGGACGCACGAGCCUAUGUUCGCGCUUACCCCGGUCAUCGCGGCUGUUUAUAUUCUAGUGUUCAUAGUGGGGCUCGUGGGAAACUGCCUCGUCAUGUAUGUCAUUAUCAGAUACACAAAAAUGAAGACUGCAACCAACAUCUACAUCUUCAACCUGGCACUGGCAGAUGCACUGGUGACUACCACCAUGCCAUUCCAGAGUGCCAACUACCUGCUGAACUCCUGGCCUUUCGGCGAGGUUGUUUGCAAAGUCUUCAUCUCCAUCGAUUACUACAACAUGUUCACCAGCAUCUUCACACUGACCAUGAUGAGUGUGGACCGCUAUGUGGCCGUGUGCCAUCCGGUCAAGGCGCUGGACUUCCGCACGCCACUUGUCGCCAAGGGCAUCAAUGUGGGCAUAUGGGUGCUGUCCUCAGCAGCUGGAGUGCCAGCUAUGGUGCUAGGUGGCACACAGACCAAUAAUGGCACCACGGAGUGUGCGCUGCAGUUCCCCGAGCCGUACGAGUACUGGGACACACUGAUGAAGGUCUGUGUGUUCGCUGUGGCCUUCGUGGUGCCCCUCCUCAUCAUCAGCGCAUGCUACUCGCUCAUGCUGCUGCGUCUGCGCAGUGUGCGUCUGCUCUCUGGCUCACGGGAGAAGGACCGCAACCUCCGCCGCAUCACCCGCCUCGUGCUGGUUGUAGUGGCCGCGUUUGUCGUCUGCUGGACACCCAUUCACAUCUUCAUCCUCCUCAAAGCCUUGGUGGCCAUCCCCGAGACAGCAGCAGUGAUGGCUGCCUACUUCCUCUGCGUGGCACUAGGCUACACCAACAGCAGUCUCAAUCCCGUGCUCUACGCCUUCCUGGAUGAGAACUUCAAGCGCUGCUUUAAGGACUUCUGCCUGCCGGCGAGGGGGAGGGGUGAGAGGGGGGGGCGGGGCAGUGGGGUGGCGAGAGCAGGGCCUGGGCGACCCCUGCGGGCGGCCGAGGGCCCCCCCAGGACGGCCAAGCCGGCAUGACUAGUCAUGGAACUAUCCUCCAUCACGCAGGUGGGAAAGGAGGACUCCAAUGCGCUGGGGCUGACGCAGGUCUCGUCCACACUCUGACCCAGGACACGGGCCUCAGACGAGACUCUGAAAGCUCCAUCACUCAUAGAUGUAGAGCACUGUGACUGACAUUAACAGUAGGACCAGACAUUAACAGUAGGACUCCUACUGUCAUACUACAGAAAACAGCACACUACCUUUAGCUCUCGGCAUCGGUUAAGCUUUGUUGUAUAUAUAUUUGAGGCAUACAUAUACUAUACACGAGUUCUUUUGACCCUCAUGUAGAGUGUAGAUAGCAGCAGGCUAGCUUUUAAGAGUCUCACUCAUGGUUUAACUCCGAAGGGAAAGGUCAGUCUAGCUUUGACCUCUCAUUUUUCUCUCACUGAUAUUCACUGAAGCAUACGGACACCCUCAGAUGGCUAAGUGAUGUGAAUGGGGAUCACUGCGUACUGGGCGUAUAUAUGACACACUGUAACUCCCUUCCACACUCACUCCCAGGGAUAGAGGAGACUGAAGUCGCACAGCUUUGACUGUGGCUUUUAAUGUGAGGCUGUUGUAUUUCUGAAGGACACUGGCUUUCUGUUACCCAGAGGCUUUUGGCAGAAUAUUUUCUGCUCAUUUUUUGCAUUUUGUUUUUGUUUGUUUCUUGAUUUUAUACAUUCAGAAGUAAUUUGAAUCUGUCUCUUUUACAUGCUGAUCCAUCAGUCUGUGUGAUUGUCUUUCAAGCUGACAUAGUUGAUCACGUAUCAACAGUGAAAAAUACACUUGUGUGACCAUCCUGCACUGUUCCUGUAAUUCUGUAUAACAUACAGAUACAAAGUGCACUUUAAGGGCCUAGAUCUGGGGCACCUUCAACAAAACACUACAUAUGCCAAGCGCAAUCUGCAUAAAUACCUUUUAGAUUUUGCCACAAAAAAGCAACCUAUUGUGACCACAAAGAACACAUAAAUCUCUAUCCAUAUAAGCUGCUGAUUUUUCAGCUGUCCCUUUCAGUUGCCCCUGGAAAGCCUGCCUCCCUGGGUUGUUUGAAGUCCAGGCACAUUAUGUUGCAGUACGUCCAAUUUGAAAUAGGUCUCUUUUAAAAAUGGCCAUAUCAUAUGAAUAUGUAGAGUCUUUUCUUUUGCUUAUGACAGUGAUAUCAUCAGGGGUUUGUAACCCCUGAACUGAAUCUUUAUUUAAAUCUCGAUAAAGGGCUUCAUUUGGACAUGCUGGAGGUGUCGAGGUAGAGCUGCAACCAUUACAUAGUGUCACCAAGAGUGUGACAUUAUGGAAUGUUUCACUUGUGUUUGUCCCUGUGUGCAGUUCUAUACCUUCAGCAUGGAAAUGCCAGUGUAUUAAAUGUAUUACAUUUGUAUAUUGUUAGUAUUUUAAGAUAUUUUGUUCUGUUUGUGUAUUUGUAGAUUGUAAGCGUUUGCACUGUAUAAUGUCCACAAUUUAUCAGAUCAGCUCAGUAUUAGCUGGUUUAUAUUUAGCUGCUGCUUUACGCAAAGUAUAAUUUAAAUGACGAAAAUCUUUUCUUGUAGGGUAUUAACAGGAAUGUGCUGGCAGCAAUUUAGGAGGCUAUAUAUAUUUAUUGAGAUUCAAAUUAUAUUCAUCUGAUUCAUCAUGGUGUGAUAUAUUUUGCCUGGGAAGUUGUCAUUGUUCUGCCAGUAAUGAAAAACAGGCAAUGAAGCUCAGAAAAGAAGACCAGAAUCUGAAUUAGGGCAUACAUUGUAGGAUAUAUAUGAAGAUAUUUCUCAAUCAUAAA